AUGGGUGAGGUUUACAAGGUUUCUGAGGUUACUACAAAACCCUACAGUGGCCAAAAACCUGGGACAAGUGGACUGAGGAAAAGGGUUCCAGAGUUUCAGCAAGAAAACUAUACAGAAAAUUUUAUUCAGUGCACUUUAGAUGGAGGUUUGGGCAAUAAAAAGAAGGGCGCUGUUCUUGUUGUUGGUGGUGAUGGACGAUAUCUUUGCCCUGAAACAGUUAAUUUGAUAAUUCAGAUGUCUGCAGCAAAUGGGGUCCGAAAGUUAUUCGUUGGUCAGAACGGUUUUUUCAGUACGCCGGCGGUAUCUUGUCUCAUUAGAAAAAAAUAUUAUUUUAUUUUAGAAGGAAAUGCAAUCGAUGGUGGAAUAAUACUUACUGCAAGUCAUAAUCCAGGAGGACCAAAAGCAGAUUUUGGUAUCAAAUUUAAUUGCGAAAAUGGUGGACCAGCACCCGAAAAAGUCACAGAGGCAAUAUUCCAACUGAGCUCCUCAAUUUCAAAGUACUUUAUAUGUAAAGAUUUACAUGUCGACUUCUCUCGCAUUGGGAAGUAUGACUUCCAGAUUGAAGGUCACGGUCUUUUCACUGUGGAUGUCAUUGAUUCUGUCCACGACUACGUCGAACUUAUGGAAGAAAUAUUCGAUUUUUCGAAGAUACAAAAGCUCAUAUCCGGCGAAUUGUUGGGAAGGCCUUUCCACAUUCAAAUUGACAGUUUAUAUGGUGCAACUGGCCCUUAUGUUUCUGCAAUCUUUGGCGAUAAAUUGAAAGCAGAUAAGAAUGAGCUUUUGCACACGACUCCAAAACCGGAUUUCGGAGGGGGUCAUCCAGACCCUAACUUAACUUACGCACACCAUCUAGUCGAUGCCAUGGCUAAAGGAGAUCACGAUUUUGGAGCAGCAUUUGAUGGAGACGGAGAUAGGAACAUGAUUCUCGGUAAAAAUGCGUUUUUUGUAACUCCUAGUGAUUCUCUUGCUGUAAUUGCUGCCAAUUUGAACUGUAUUCCGUACUUCCAAAAGCAUGGGAUUCAUGGAUGUGCAAGGAGCAUGCCAACGGCAGGUGCUGUUGAUAGGGUCGCGGCUGAAAAGAAUUUGCCCAUGUUUGAGGUACCGACAGGUUGGAAGUUCUUUGGAAAUCUUAUGGAUGCUGGAAAAUUAUCCCUCUGUGGUGAAGAAUCGUUUGGCACUGGAUCUGAUCACAUUCGAGAAAAGGAUGGCAUAUGGGCAGCCCUGGCUUGGAUGCAAAUAUUAGCAGAUAAGAAGCAAUCUGUUGAAGAAAUAGUUAAAGAACAUUGGGCUAAAUAUGGUCGUAAUGUUUUUACAAGAUAUGACUAUGAAAAUGUCGAUGCUGGUGGCGCAAACCUUUUAAUGUCGUACGUUGAAUCACAAAUGCCGGCUUUUAUCAACCAAAAGUUUUCAGCUAACAGUGUUGACUUUACUGUUCAAAAAGCGGAUAAUUUUGAGUACCAUGAUCCCAUAGACCAUUCGGUCAGCAAGAAGCAGGGUCUCCGUUUAAUUUUUACUGACGGUAGUCGCGUUGUAUUCCGUCUCAGCGGGACUGGAUCUGCCGGAGCAACAAUCCGUUUAUAUGUUGAUUCAUAUAUUCCUGCAACGGAUAAAAACCGCUUGUAUUUACCUGCUCAGGAGUUACUGAAACCGUUAGUAUUGGUUGCUUUAAAUAUGUCAAAGAUGGAACAGUUCACUGGUCGUGUUGCGCCAACCGUAAUUACGUAA